UUAAAGAAAGAGCAAUUUACAGUCAGUUGGAAUGUCUGUUCUGUAUUGUAUUCAAUUCCAACUGGGUGAAAAUGAGUAGGAAACUGCAACAAGCAUGACAUCUCUGGCCAACAUCACUCCUCCCCAACCAUCUGAGUGGGUCUCCUUCAGUGACGGUCUGCAUCUUUCUGUUACCUCCCAAGGCCACACUAGGGAGCCACUUGAGAGAUUUCUUUCCUCAUCUGAUACUUCCUCUGAAGGCAUCCAGAAUCUAGAUGGAGAAUUGCCAAAUGUUUCACAUGCUGAGUUGGGAGAAAGAAUAAACAAAACAGCUGUAGGCCUUGAUCUGUCUUCAUCCUUCAGCACAUGGGUCCAAUUUGAAGAUGCAUCCUGGACCAACAGUUCACCAGAGCAUCCAUGUACAGCCUUAUCUCCAAAAAUAUUUUGCUGGAUGUGUCCCUCCUUGGGAUAUUCAGAGAGACAACCUCUUGCUUCGGACAGCAGUUGGACAACUACUUCAGAGAACAGUAGCAGCCCAAGUAUCACCCCUUCUUAUACUGAUCUUCAAUCAGUAAAUACAGAGGAUCUGACUGGUGGAGGAGCAUCUGCUGCAGACUCAACCGGUAAGCAACAUUUUAUUUAUUUAUGUACAGAGUUUGAAAAUAAGAUCAUCAGCCACAUAAAGGGUAAUUUGGCUUCUAAGGAUGUUUGUGUUUAUGUAUGCAGAUGCUUCCAGAGAGAGGACUCCAAAUACAUUAUGUAG